ACGUUGGUGUUGGUGGUGGUGGCGGCGGCGGCGGCAGCGGCGACGACGGUGGAAGACAGGGCCAGUCAGAGACGGAGGCUCGGCCAUGAACUGGCCCGGGACGGCGGCGGCGGACCUGGUGGCGGUCUCCUCGUUGAGUGCCCCCUGCUAACGGGACAGAUUUGGACAUGGCAGGGAGGCAUCAGAAUCGUAGUUUUCCUCUUCCAGGAAUUCAUUCAAGUGCUCAAGUACAUGCAUUUGGAAAUUGUACAGACAGUGAUAUGCUGGAGGAAGAUGCUGAAGUGUAUGAGCUUCGAUCCCGAGGAAAAGAAAAAAUCCGAAGAAGUACAUCAAAAGAUAGACUUGAUGACAUUAUAGUGUUAACAAAAGAUAUACAGGAAGGAGACACUUUAAAUGCUAUAGCCCUUCAAUACUGUUGUACGGUAGCAGAUAUCAAGAGGGUUAACAAUCUCAUCAGUGACCAAGACUUUUUUGCCCUUAGGUCUAUCAAAAUUCCAGUAAAAAAGUUUAGUUCAUUGACUGAAACACUUUAUCCUCCAAAAGGAAGACAGGCUUCACGUCCUUCUACUGUUCAAUACCUUCCAGAACAACAGGAAGUUUUGUCAGCUAAUGAGUCUCUUUCUUCCACUGAGUCAGCUGGUAGCUUUCUAAAAGAAGUAGACCGAGACAUCGAACAAAUAGUAAAAUGUACAGACACCAAAAGAGAGAACCUUAAUGAGGUGGUGUCUGCCUUGACAGCACAACAGGUCCGUUUUGAACCUGAUAACAAAAACAUUCAACGGAAGGAUCCUUACUAUGGAGCAGACUGGGGAAUAGGGUGGUGGACAGCUGUAGUGAUAAUGUUGAUAGUAGGCAUAAUUACACCAGUGUUUUAUUUGCUGUAUUAUGAAAUUUUAGCUAAGGUGGAUGUCAGUCACCAUUCAACAGUGGAUUCUUCACAUUUGCAUUCAGGAGUCACGCCCCCAUCACAGCAGAGAGAAAUGGAAAAUGGAAUUGCUCCAACUAAAGGACUGCCCUUUGGUGCACAAGAUGAUCAUAAACUAUAUAGUCAAGAUUCUCAGUUACCUGCUGCUUAACAAAACAUAGCAGUUGGUUCACAGUUACAGUGUUCCAAUCACAUGUGCAUUUGGAAUGUGGUGAAUCAGUUAGUCAGUAACCACUUCAAAGGCAGAAUUUGGAGAGACUGAAGAUGCUUUGUUUUUCACCUUUUGUUGUUAUUUGGAGCCACUUACAAAUGGGUUGAGUAUAAAAUCCCUACAGUUGCUAGUUGUUGAUAUUGAAAGUGAAUCUGUGUAUCUGUUGUAUCAAUGCUUAAAGCAGAAAUGAAUUGUCUUAGGAAGUUCUUGAAAAAUGCAUCAUUUUUCUUAGUCAAGACUGGUUAUGUUUAAAUUUUAUUUUUUAAGUAUUUUUGUUUUGAGGUUGUUAGUAAUAAAUUUAAGCAAAUAAUGAUAGCAUCAGAUGUCUGCAACUGAGGAAAAUUUUAACACUGUGAACCAUCAAGAUGUUCAGUUGCAAGAAAGUCUGAUUCUAAAAUUAUUUGAUAGCACUUAAAAUUCUAUUUUGAAAUUAAAAAAAAACACAUUUAGUUCAUCCGCUAUGAAAGCAUAAAUAGAACAGAAAUGGGAAAGUUAUCUAUAAUGUCUGUAAUAGAGGGUAAGAUAUAUCAUUAAACCCCCCAAAUAAUGUGUUACUGUUGGGAAGUUGCCAUUUGGUCACUAGAACACUGGAUUAUGUCAGGAUGUAAAGUUUAUCUUUAUCUCUUAAAGAAUGCUGCCACUGCUUCUGUUUUUUAAGUAAUUAUAUUUGCCUCUGAUAUUUGAAAGCACUUUUGUUGUUCUAUAAUGAAAGUGUUACACAUGUAAAGAUUACCAUUAUUUAGGAAAUAUUUCCUUACAUGCUGUGAUAAGUUGUUGCUGUAUUACAUGUAGUAACAUGCCUUAAUUACAUUUAAUGCCUUAUAUAAUUUUUAGAAUUAAGCAUUGUUUCAGAUAGUCCAAUAGGAUUCAUAACAUAGGCUGUAUAAAAUUAGCCUCCACCUUCACAUAUCAAGCACAAGUUAAUGGGACGAAAACAUUUUCAUUGUCUGUCUCUGAGGUCUGUUGCAGAAAAGCAGGGGUAGAGAGACUGUUAGCAUUAGCAGUAACAGACAUAUUGCUUUAUUGAUCCCUUAGCCUCUAGAGUUUUUCAAAGAGGAAAUGUUCAACUUAGAUCCUUUUUCCCUGGACUAGAGCAUCACAUUGGGGAGCAGGGGCCAGAGGUGUAUGGUUUGGUCAGAAGGAAGGGGUUUAUAGGGCCACAUUUAAAAAUCUACUGUGGAUCAGACAGACUCUGGCUAAAUAAGCAUUUGCAUAUGGAUUCCAUCAUUUAAUUUCUAAAAGUAUGUGUUUUUAAAAUGUUAUCAAAAUAAUUCAUUAGAAGUAAGAUUUGGUGGAGUCUGGCUUGCCUGUUUUGUGUAUAAUAAAGUAUGCACCUUAAGAUACAUAAUAACACCUCAUUUUCUGGGCAUUAUUUCCUAACUUUUAAUGUUUAAGCUUUUUGACCAAUUGUUCUAUAUUUCAGAUUUCAAUCUGGAUACAAAGUGAGGUGAACAAAUAAAUAAAUAAAUAUAUAUAUAUAUACACACACAUGAGGCUUAAUGUACUUUCAGGAGCAACGUGUCAGAAAGAUGGGACAAAGAAGUCAAACAUUUAACGCCCUUCCAUACAUCAGAGGGCCUUAGACAAUUACCAAAAAGUGUUAAUAUGGAAGUCUGUACAAAUUGAUUUUUUGAGCGACUCUAUUAGUUUGAGAUUUAAAAAAUUGUUUUAAUGUGCCUUGGGCAUCUUUCUAAUUUAUGCUCAGUGUUAACUUGGUCAGUUUACAUUGUAUUUAUUCAGUCUGCUGAAAAUCAAGUUUUAGGGAAGAAAAUAAAGAUUAUUUUAGGAUAGAAGGGGCUAGAUGGCCUUUGAAGAACUUUUGUUUACAUCAAAUUGAUGAAAUUUCAGAGUGUCAAGGAUUCCUUUUUGUUUGUGAUACUUGGAAAUUGACAAAGAGAAGUCUGAUUUCCAAAAUCAUUAACAUUUUAAAAAGUAGGUGUACUGUGUUGGUUAAAAACAUUUUCUGUCUUGCAGAGUGUCCUGUUCCUUGAAGGAAGUGUAGCAUAUCCUUAUGGCAUAGUCAGGCAGUUUCCUUUGUCCUUACGUUUGAAUUAUAUGUUUUUUACUUGAUUGAAUAUAGUUUGAAUUCAUUAUAAUUCUAUAUAUAUGUUAAAUAUAGAGAGAAUUCUAUAUGUUAUAUAUAUAGAAUUCUAGAUUUUAAUCCUUGUCAUUUGUUAAAACAAUUUCCUAAGCAUUUAAUAGAUACAAUAAUUUUAACUUUUAAAAAGUACUAAGUAGUACUACAAAAUUUGUAGUAAAUGCAGAUUACUUUGUAAAACUUAAUAAAACAAGAAAAGUUAUCAUUUGAUAUUGUGGCUUUUGUGUUGAAACCCUUAUUUGAAUUUACUUUGAGACUUUACAUUAGAAGAUAUAUACACACACACACGUAUAUACAUACAGAUGUAAAAGUAACAACUGUGAAUCACUGCAUUUGGUUCACUUAAAAUGUUGGAGUUGCAAGUAUUUAAGAAAAACUGCUUAUUUUUAAAAAGGGCAGUUCUUUCUUAAAGUUUGGGUACAAAUGGUUAAACUUGUUUCAAACAAUGGAUGGUAUUUAAAUAAUUUUUGCCAUCCUAUUCCUAGAAAAUUAUAGGCUUUGUGUCCUUAAAAGAUAUAUUAAGAUCAGUUAUAGAGUCAUUAGGAAUUAGAAGACAGUAAUGUUAACUUUGAAAACUUGUUUUUUAAAGCUUGUCUUUUUCUGAACCCUACUUGUUCAAUGGCCUGAAGAGUUCUUUAAAUGAACCAUUAUUUAGUCAUUAGUUUUACUAAAAUUAUCUACUUGGAAUAUGAAGAAUACAAUUAAUUAGGUUUUAGAAAUACCAUGAAACAGGAUCCAGUCAGAGUGUUAGAGAGUAAAGGUGGAGUUUUGGGAAGUCUGUAUUUAAACGGUACAUGAUGGGAAUCAUUCUUAUUUUGAAUUACGUUGCUCAGGAAAUCAGUAUUUUUCUUCCAAGUAUGUGCAUAUUGCACUGUUAGAUCACAGAAAUCUGAAUGCUUUAAUUAUUUUAUGUAUGCAAAUUAUAUAAAAUUUUUGUAUAACGUAUUUUAUACAAAUGCAGCAUGAAAUUGUAGAAUAUUAUGUUAGCAUGUACAUCUGUAAAACUGGGUUUUAAAACUUUCUGCCCCUUAUUUUUCAUAUUUUAAAAGAUAUACAAAAUGUAAUAAAGUUUCUAUUUUAUUAUUCAAUAAAAAAAUGGAAGCCGGUUAA